UUAAUUGACAAACCUUCAUAUUAACAACAAGAUGGAGAAAUUAGAUAAGGAUUGACUCAAUGUCGAGCUAGAUGCCUCAGAUAUAGACAGCAAGUUAACGCUUCUGCAAGAAAGUAUAAACAAGAAGCUCACUGAUGGAUAUGGAUACAUCCUACAGGAUCAAACACUCUCAGCUUGGAUCGUUCAGGUCGCUGUGAAAGAAAAUAAUCCUAAACCCAAGGUUUCUGAAGAUCUUAAGGAGUUUAUUGAAGACAACAGUAGUGACUUUGCAGAGUGGCUUUGGGAAGAGACCCCUAAAUGAUGACCUAUCAAAGCUCCAAAAGCUGUAGAAAAGCCAAAAUUAAAAGCCGCUGAAAAGCCUAAAGAAGCUCCAAAAACACAAAAUAUGCAGGGUUCAGGCAAAAUCUUUAAGAAAGCUAUUGACAACACCAAAAAUAAGGCUCCAAAGAAAGAACAAAGCAGUGAUAAGGGUCCUAAAUCCUUCGUCAAGACAGGCGAAGACGGCCGUAAGAUAAUAAUGCGACCAAAGUCUAAAGGAGCUGAAAGGGGGUACAAACAAGAUAGAUCUUGGCCGAAAGAAAAAUCAGGAAAAUUUAAUUCAGAUAAAUCAGGUGAGAUCAAGUCGAAUAAGGACAACAAAUUAUUAGAUCUUGACCUAGAUUCGAUCAUUAAGAAACAGAAAGCCCAGAAAAAGGAGGAACAGGAAGAAGAGGAAGAGCAAGAUUAUCAAGAGUAUCAAGGCUAUGAACACUACCAGGCAAUGCCAUACUACCCUAGAGGAUAUUCUAGAGGGAGAGGGUCAUACAGAGGCCGAGGUAAAAGAGGAGGGUUUAAACCCAGAACUAAUGAAGACCACAACAACGAUGAUGAACCAGAAGAGAAACAAGAAGGGGAAGGUCAAGAUGAUGCCACAGAAUCUCAUAAACCUAAGAGAGGAGGCUAUAAAGGGAAGAAUUAUAAUCCUUACUAUGAUCCCAGCUACCAAGCUAUGUAUGGUGCCUAUAACUACAUGUAUGGCUACCCAAUGAUGCCAUCUCAAGGUUAUUACCAGCCUGGCCAUAAAAAUCCUAAAUUUGGUCAAAGAGGGAAAAACAUGAAAUGGAGCAAAGACAUGGAUCAAAAGAAGACUGAAGACACUUCUACUAAGAAAAGAGACGUAAAAGACCUCGAAAAACAAAAAGAGGGGGCUAACGAAAAUACUGCUAAAUCCUAA